AUGAAAGCAAGGGGACCGGCAUUUCGUUCCCAAAAGAAAUCUAAAGACAAAGAUAGGCUACCAUACUUAAGAAGUCCCUUGAAUGUGCAUGAAACUCCCCCCUUUCCAUCAUGUUCACCACUUGUUCCAGCUUAUGUAAGAGCAUUCGGGGUAGACAAGAGGGAAGCUUGUCUCCAAGUGGAAGACACAUGCAGGAUUUUUGAGAAUUAUUUGGUGGAGAUAAUUGUGGAAGAAGGGAAGAUGAGGGACUUGAUGGAUGUGGAAGAAUUUCUACACUGCUGGAAGAACCUCAAGUGCCCUGUCUUCAUUGAUUUAGAACCUCAGAAGGUGCCAGGGCAGAGAGCCAAGAGACAGAGAGAGAAAAGAAGAGAGAAAGAGAGUUUCGUCUCCAUAGAACCUCCAAACUUCCAGUACAGAUAUCACUAUUCAUUUAGUCUUCUUUGGGUGGAGAAAUUGAGCUCUGACCGUGAUUCUGCUCCAAUUCGCUGGAAUUCCAAGCAGUUUCGGUAA